GUUGAAUCGAGGAGGUCAUAGUACUACGCAAGACCUCCGAUUUAUUCCUCCCACGGGUGGUCGUGAAGUGGACCAAAACGAAGCCCUCGCUUCACUACCGAGAACUCCUGCCCGACCGGUUAUUGCGUAUUACCCGCAAGGACAUAUGGAAUUUUUGCUCGGAGCUAUCGUAGGUGCAACUACUACCGCUACCGAUAUAUUCAAAUUUUUGAGGGUCGAAAAAAACAGCUGUUCAGGGUCCAAAAAAAAAGGGUCUCAGGGUUGCCGGAAUCCCGACGUCAGGCUGCGGAUCCGACCCUGCCGAAAGCCUGAAGACCGCACUGCUUCAUCAUCGUCGUAGCUAGUAAGAACACGCGACUUCAUCAUCAUCUUCAUGAGUUGUAAUUUGAUAAAGUGCUGGCACGUUAUAGUUAAAAGGUUUGGGGUUUAGGGUCUAAAGUCUUUAUUUGUGAACUAGCUAACUCCUCAGAAAAGAAGCUCAAAAAAAGUCGAAAGCUGGAAGCCAAUCCGGGCGGGACUGUCGCUCUGGCCCCACCUGGGGCCAGAGCGACAGUCCCGCCCGGAUUGGCUUCCAACUUUCGACUUUUUUUGAGCUUCUUUUCUGAGGAGUUAGCUAGUUCACAAAUGAAGAUUUUAUAUUAGCUAUAACGUGCCAGCACUUGAAGUAUUACAUUAAAUUACAACUCAUGAAGAUGAUGAAGUGUGUUCUUAUUAACUAUUCACGACGACGAUGAAGCAGUGUGGUCAGGCUGUCGGCACCAGGGUCGGAUCUGCAGCCUCCUUCGAGAUUCCGGCAACCCUGAACAGCUUUUUUCUUCGAUCCUCAGAACCUAUUUUUUCCGAUCCUCAGAAGCUGUUUUUUUCGACCCUCAAAAAUUGGAAUAUUCCGGUAGCGGUAGUAGUUGCACCUACGAUAGGAGCAGAACACGAACACCGUCCAGAUCCAGAAGCGAAGAAAAGUGGAGGUCUCGUCAGGAGGAGUGUUUCCACCAACAAAACGCGAGCAGACCAUUCUUUCCCCAUGGAAAUUGAAAAUUCUACUUGUUUCACGGGGGUUGAAGAUGAACAAGGAAGGCCUAAGGGUAAGGAUAUUCGUAUGCCGCACCAGAGGAACUGCAUCAAUCGCACGGUUGCUUCGCAAACUGCCUUUCGCCGGCUCCUAG